AUGCCACUAACAAGAAGCAUGAAGAAACAAGAUAACGCGCCCGUCGAAGUACACGUGUUCGAUCACACGCCCGCGUCGCCUUCCGCCAACGCCUUGUCUCGUGCCGGCACCGGUGCCGUGCCCGCGCCCGUAUUUACGUACAAUACCGACUUCGUCCCGCAGCCGAUGGAGGCGAGUUCAACCGCGCCGCGAACCGACGCGCUCGCCAUGACUGAUAAUCCGUCGAGUGAGUUAUUGUUAGGGGAAACAACGCCGGUGAGACGUAAUGUCGAAAAAGGGCCCGCGGCUUAUGCACAUGUAGCUCGGUCGGUUAGAUCUACUGCGAGUUCGAACGCCGCGUUACGAGACAUGGAAUAUAGGGCCGCAAAGGAACUCGCUGAGAUAAGGAGAAAACGUCUUGACCUCGAAGAGGAAUUAGUCAAGAAAAAGCUAGCUAGGGACGUCGCGCAGAUUGAAGCGAAUAGUGUAGUUGCCGCGAACGAUUUAGAAGAUAGCCGUGUUUCGUUAUGGGUAGAAAAUGUUAAUACCAUACGGGGGGAGCCCCCCUCCUCGCCGCUUCCGCAACCCGCGAACCGCGUUGAUAUAGCGCAGAGCUCACGAAUAGGGCUAGAUUUUGAACCUGCGCUAUUAGGUAGAAUAAACGCACGGGUCGGGAUAGAGGAGAACGAACGCCGCUAUAGUGAGCACUAUACAAAUCGCGACGUUGCGCCGGGAGAGAGUCGCCACUUAACGUCGUAUCAAAAUGAUCGGUCGCCGACGCGUAGGGAACAAAGUAGGCUACCGUCGCCGUAUCGUCAUAGAUCGCGUUCGAGGACUCCCGGGAACAAAGAAAAAGGGAUAGAACGCUUAGCAGAAGCGCUAGAAAAGAUGACAAGGCUCCGACCUGCGUCUUCAAAACAAGCUCAGGAGUUACCCGUAUUCAGUGGAUCGGCAGUGGAGUGGCUCGCGUUUAAAACCGCGAUGAAAGAGUCAACGGAGUUAUACGGUUUUACACACGCCGAGAAUAUGGGAAGACUACGUGUCUGUUUACGUGGCGCUGCUAGAGACGCAGUAUCAGCUUUGUUAUUUACGGAAAGCGAUCCGCGACAAAUAAUGCGGACGUUGGAGCAGUGCUUCGGUCGAACGGAGACGAUUAUCGAUAGAGCAAUAGAAGAUCUCAGACGCCUACCGAGGCUCGGCCAAACCGCACAAGAGUUGAAUAGUUUCGCUGUUAAGCUUCAGAACAUAGUGUGUAUAAUACGCAAUGUAGACGGCAGAGGGUAUCUCCGUAACCCUAUGUUAGUGAGAUAUGUGAGCGAAAGAUUAAGUCCGCAUCUUCGAUCGAGAUGGUGUGAUUACGCCGAAGACUUUGGCACCAUCGAAGAACCGGAAAUCGUGACCAUGUCUAAAUUCCUGAUGAGAGAAGCUGACCGCGCGUUAAGCCACGCCUACACCGCAACACCGUUUGUGAAGACAGAGACAACGUCGCGCCGUGAGAAGCCACGAGAAGCAACUAUACUAACCACUACACCGGUCAAGAGUGAGACAAAACAUUGUCUCUGUUGCGGCGGACAACACGGCGUAAAAGAAUGCACGAAGCUGUCAAACAUGAGUGUUAAAGAAAGAUGGGCGUGGGCGCAAGAACAAAAAGUCUGCUUCAACUGCUUACGGGGCCGGCAUCGACGCUUCGCAUGUAAGGAAAAGCGAUGCGGUAUCAACGAAUGCAGGGGUCGGCAUCACGAACUUUUACAUGCCGAGAGGGCGUCGCCGACAGAACAAGAGGGCAGCGCGACCGAAGAAACUGCGCUCGUCGCGUCAACGUCGGCGAUGUGCGAAUCAGCUUUACUAAAGGUGUGCCCGGUACUGAUACGCGGACCAGAAGGCAGGGAGAUAGCCACCUACGCGCUUCUUGACGAGGGUUCGACUAUAUCUCUGAUAGAUGAGCAACUGGCAAGAGAAAUAGGCGCAAAUGGACCGACGCGUAAACUUAGCAUCCGCUGUGUAUCGGCGACGAACGAUCACCCGAAUAGUCGUAUCGUCAACCUUACUGUUAGAGGAAAAAGACAAGAAAAUUCACACGAAAUUAAGGCUAGAACAGUGACGAGUCUAGCCGUCGGGGUGCAAACCGUGAGUACCGAAUAUUUGCAGUUAAGUCACCUACACGGUUUGCCAAAAUACGUCUGCUUUACAAACGCGAAGCCUAAGUUAUUGAUAGGAGCAGACAACUGGCACUUAAUUAUAUCGCGUAAUAUACGAAUCGGACGUCGCAACGAGCCUAUCGCGGCGAACACAUUACUCGGUUGGGUGAUACAGGGGUCAACGCCGCGAAGAGUAAGUGAAGAAGAUCACGGAACUGUACUUCACAUUCGCUCGACCUACUCACCGAGACCCGAAGACAGAAGCCGCGCGAACAAAGACGACAAGAUUAACGCAUUGUUAAAGAGGCGGUACGACAUCGAUUCAUUAGGUAUAUCGCUUAUCACAAAACCGCGUCAUUUGGAAGAACGUGCCUUAAAAAGAUUCAACGAUACGGUUCGCAAGAUCGACGGUCAGUACAACAUCGGACGGCCAUGGAAAGAUGACGUGAAGAAUAACACGAGGGAAGUCAUCGAGGUGAAUGCGAACGCCGGCUUUGUUUUAGCGAGUUGGAACUCAAUCAAAUCCGAGGCGCUAAGCAGUAUAACUACCGAUAAGCGUGCGAUGACUGCGAAGAUACAAUUACAAGAUCUUUGGACGAUGAAAUUGGUAAGCUGGGACGACGAACAACCACCAUCUGCGCGGGAAGAGUUCCAGAGCGGGUUAUACGCCAUAAGAGAAGCCGCAACACUUCGUCUGCCGCGCUGUUACGCAUCUACGGGGGGAGUCGUCGAACGCCAAUUGCACAUAUUUAAUGACGCGAGCGACAAAGCAUUCGCGACGGUGGCCUACUGGCUAACGCAAUACGAGGACGGAUCGUUUAGAGUUUCGUUAAUAGGCGCGAAAGAAAAGGUAGCUCCGAUUAAGGCACAAAGUAUACCGCGCUUAGAACUGCAAGCUAGUUUAAAAGGGGCUCGAUUAGCCGACGCGAUUCAGACCGAGCAUCGAAUUAAAGCUCAGAAAGUACGACUAUGGACAGUUUCGCAAACCGUACCUGUCAGGAUAAGGAAUUGUACGUCACGAUAUAGGGAGAUCGCAGAGCGAACUACACCGGAACAAUGGCGGUGCGACCAGGAACGCGUAGGGAAAGAUUUAGGCCUAGUGUUUCAUAUUACCCGACUGAGACCGACGUUACGCGAAGUUGAACGAAGUUGUAUGUUAUGUAAAGUGCGAAAAGCAACACCGCGGUCGACAGUAACGGGCGAUUUACCAACGGAAAGAUUAGGCGCGUACGCGAGGCCAUUUACAUAUAUGGGUGUAGAUUAUUUCGGACCGUUAAUAGUAACAAUCGGCCGACGUCGUGAGAAAAGAUGGGUAGCGUUGUUUACAUGUUUAACAACUCGCGCGAUACAUUUAGAGUUAGUCUAUAGUCUUACGGCAGACUCAGCGAUAAUGGCGUUAAGGCGGAUGGCAGCGCGGCGCGGGUGGCCGCGCGUCGUCUACUCCGACAACGGGACGAACUUUCGAGGGGCGAGCAAGGAGAUCUACCAGGCAACAGCGGAUUGGGAACCGGCACUCCGGGGAUUCGCACUUACUCGUCGCUUCGACUGGAAAUUCAUCGCACCGGGAGCGCCGAACCAAGGAGGAGCAUGGGAGCGCUUAGUGCGUUCCGUUAAACCGCCGCUCCAGAGUACGCUUAAAGAAAAACAACAUGAGGAAGACACCCUGACGACCUUAUUGGCGGAGGCAGAGGUGAAUCAGGAAGGACAAAGGACAUUAGCCCGAGGCCAGGCGAUAUGGUUAUCAUCGCCGACGGUCACCUUCCUCGUAAUGUAUGGCCUCGGGGAAUCAUUACAAGAACGUUCCCGGGACCCGACGGAGUAG